CUUCCAGCACAACACACAAGGAUUGUCCUGCUGGGGAAAACUGGAACUGGGAAAAGCAGCUUAGCUGGAACCAUACUAGGAGAGAAUGCGUUUCAGAUUCAUUAUACUGCAAACUCUGGAACAAGUAAAUGUCAGAAAGUAACCAGACAGAUUGAUGGUGAAUCUGUCACUGUGAUUGAUACUCCUGGUUUGUUUGACAAUCGCAUGUCUGAUGAUGCUCUUAAAUCUGAGAUAAUAAAUAUGAUCAUAGAGAGCUCUGAAGGGAUUGAUGCGUUCCUCCUUUUAUUUAAAGUUGAGAGAUUCACAGAGCAGGAGAACGAGGUAGUUUCCAAGAUCAAGGGUUGCUUUUCUGAGGAAGCUUUCAAACACACUGUAGUUGUCUUCACUCAUGGUGACCAGCUUCAGCACGGCAUGAAGAUUGAGAAGUUUGUCAAAGGCAAUGAGUAUGUGUGUGAUCUCUUAGAGAAAUGUGGGAAGCGCCCCUAUGUUGUUGACAAUAAGUACUGGAAGAACAACCCGCAGGACAAAUACAGAAACAACCAGGCUCAGGUAGCAGGGCUGCUUCAGACAGUAAAAGAAAUGGUGAAGAGUACAGGGCGCUACACCAAUGAGAUGCUGCAAACGGUGAAGAGAAUGGAAAAACGCACUGUACUCCAAAAGUUAGCACGUGUCACCACAGGAGUAUUGUGGGGAGCUUUGCUGGGUUUGCCAUGGAUGGAGUCUCUGCUGCUGUAG